GUUUUGGAGUGCACAUUCUGACACUUCCUCUGCAUGCAGCUUUACACAUGUGACAAUUGUCAAUAACAGAUACUUGCCAUGAGACUAAGGGUUCUACUAGCUCUCUGGUUCAUUCUUUGUCUGAGCCUCAUUCUGGCUCAGGAGCAGCAGGUGUCACUUGCCCGCGGAAAGAGGAGAAGGGGAGGACAUAGAAGAGGCAAAAAGGUCAUCUCCAGUCAACUGGCCCAUCAGCGCGGAGUGCCAAUUCUCAAUGGUGAUGCUGGAACAGCAAUUUUCCUUGAGUCAUACAAAAGCGUCAAUGAACAGGAAUCCAACUACAACAUCAUCCCAGGGAGAAGAGGACAAUGUCAGUACAUGGGCAUUACCAUGUUUGACAAAGCCGUCUGGUCACCCAAGGCCUGCGUCACCUGCUUAUGCUCUGAAGGGUCAGUGGUGUGUGAUGAAGUCACAUGUCCAACUCUGCGUUGUCAACUCGCCUACACACCCAUUGGAGAGUGCUGCCCAGUGUGUGAAGAACAUGUGCUAGAUGUCCCUGACUUUUCUGGCGAUUCCCCAGUGGCCAGCGACUCUAGUGAGCCAGACCUUCGGUUACAGCGCACACCAGCAGAAAUCGAAGAGAUUCUAAGACAGGAGGAAGAGGAACACAGGGAGGAGGAAGAACGUCUUCGCAGAAAAGACGAAGAAAAGAAGAGGAAAAAGAAGAAGAAAAAGGACAGGGAGGCAGCUGAGAGGAAAGCUCAGGAUGAGCUGAGAAAAGCAGAGGAGGAGAGAUGGCUGAGGGAGGAAGCAGAGGCUGCAGAGGAGAGGAAAAGGCGACAAGAAGAACAGAGAAAACAUGAGGAGGAACGAAUGAGGACCUUGGAGACAGAACAGAGGUUGAUGCUUAAGGCAUUAGAGGAGGCUGCUGAGAGAGCAGCUGAGAGAGCCUCAGAGAGGCAAACGGAUCAAGAGGAGGAGGAAGAUGAGGAAAUUGAGUGGUUGAGGGGUGAUGUCUUUCAAAUGCCCCCAUUGGAACCAACAGCAGUAGGGCUUCCACCUCUCCCACCCUUAAGUGAACCCAUUGAACCCACAGAUGAAGAGGAGAAUGAUGACACUGACAGUGAGGAAGUAGUGAUUCAGAGAGUGACACAAUCUCUUCCAAAGGGGUGUACCAUAUCUGAUGUGACUGUUAACUGUGACAACGCAAAACUCACCAGCAUCCCACCCCUGUCAAUCCCUGAACUGAAAAUUCUAAGUCUAGAGGGUAAUGAUAUUACUGCAAUCCCAUCUGGGGCCUUUAAUGGUAUUCCCAAUCUGGAAUGGAUAAACUUUGGCAAAAACAAGAUCACAUCUCAAAACAUCGACCCACGAGCAUUCAAGGGCCUGAAAGUACUGAGUCGUUUGUAUAUGGAUGGAAAUCUCCUUGAAAAAAUCCCUACAGCUCUUCCUCCAACACUACAAGAACUGAAGAUCAAUGAAAACAACCUUGGUCAAAUUAAUGACAACAGUUUAGAGGAACUGCACAACCUGAUUACUCUGGAAAUGGAAGGUAACAUGUUGAGUGAGAGUAAUGUGGAUCCUCAGGCCUUCACAACUCUGACUGGACUCUCCUACUUGCGUCUAGGCAGGAACUACUUCCGCACUAUCCCCCAAGGCCUGCCCCCUUCGCUGCUGGAACUUUACCUCGAGAACAAUGUGAUUGAGGAGAUAUCUGAGGGAGCUUUCAAUCAGACCUACAACCUAAAUGUAGUAGUCCUGAGACACAAUAAGAUUGAUGAGUCUCGCAUUGCACCACUGGCCUGGAUAAACCACAAGACCCUGGAGUCAGUAGAUCUAUCCUACAACAACCUAUAUCUUGUCCCAUCCUUCCUCCCAAAGUCCCUUGUCCACUUAGUACUUGUUGGGAACAAGAUUGAAAGGAUUCCAGCUUAUGUGUUUGCUCAUAUGGAGCAAGGUCUAGAGUACUUAUAUUUGUCCUACAACAAGCUGGAUGGUGAGGGGAUCGAGCCAGAGUCCUUUAUUGGCUGCCUCCACUCCAUGACUGAGCUCUGUCUGGACAACAAUCAAAUCUCUAGUGUCCCUGUUGGAAUCAAUGAGAUGACUUCACUACACUUUCUUAGACUCAACAACAACCAAAUAAGGAAUAUUGAUGAGGACUCUAUCUGCGACCCCAUCAAUGAAGAUGACUCACAACUCGUGGCACUACGCCUAGAAAACAACUACCUUGACUUAAGAAAAAUUCCACCCACUACAUUCUCCUGUGUUAGGUCGUACUCCAGUGUUGUGUUGAAGCCACAGAAGAUUAAAUAAAAUUGACUUUUUUUCACUUGCA